CCCUGUCCUAAUACUAAUUUUAUUGGGUGAGAAAAAGGAGAUUUGAUCAAUGGCAAUCGCAACAACAGAAAAAUUAAUAGUAGUCGGAAUCGACGAAAGUGACCAAACUACACUUGAAUGGACUCUUGAUCAUUUUUUCGUACCUCUUGGUUCGAAUUCUGUUUUUAAACUCGUUGUUGUUCAUGCUAAACCUUCUCCAUCUUCUGUUGUUGGCCUGUCUGGACCUGGGGCUGCCGAUGUUGUGGCAAUUGUUGAUGUUGAUCUAAGAAAGACUUCAAAGAGAGCUUUGGAAAAGGCUAAAGAAAUUUGUAUCGCAAAAUCUGUAAAAACGGAUGAUGUGAUUUUCGAAGUGAUGGAAGGUGAUCCAAGGAAAGUGAUGUGCGAGGCCGUAGAGAGACACCGUGCAACCAUAUUGGUUGUUGGCAGCCACGGUUAUGGAGCGGUGAAAAGGGCUCUUUUGGGGAGUGUAAGUGACUAUUGCGCUCACCAUGCUCAUUGCAACGUGAUGAUUGUGAAGAAACCCAAGAUAACAAACUCACUAUGGAACAUUUUCUCAUUUUGAAUCCCAACUUUUACAUAAGAGCAAUACGUAGAAAUGGAAAAACAAGAUCUUCAUUCAAGGUAAAAAUGAAAAUGUUUUGUUUUCUUAAAAUUUGUGCAGAAAGUGAAAAUGUUUGUGGAACAGACGAAGUAUUUGCUUUUUUAUUUACACGCAGAGUUUGGCAGUGAGGCCUAUUUUGUGUUACGCUGUGAUUUUUGGGUCAUGAGUACGAGUACAUUUCAAGUCAAUGUCAGUUUAUUGGGAAAAGUAUAUUAGUACCGUUCCAUUAAACUGGUACUCCCAUUAGUAUUCAUAAAAAAUUUGUAUGACUAUAUUAGUCAACUGCACCACCAACUAAGGCGCUUUGGAACGAUAGCCCCGUUUAGUUGCGUGAUUAAUUUUGAGACUGUGAUUUUUGUUUGGUGCUUAUCACUGGAAGAUAAGAUAUGGUUAUUUUGAAGUAACUAAUUAGUGGUAAUCAAUUUAAUUAGU